AUGCAGAGUGCGCCAUCCUCGUCGCGCACAUCCCACAUCGAGCCCACUUCGCCCACACACCGCUUCCCUUCGCGCCAUUCCCAUCGCGACCAGCACCUGACGCUCCACUCCGAGCCCGACUAUCCCACAUCCGCAGACAGUCCCAUCGACACUCACCCUCGCAGGUCCCUCGCACGCUCCCUGCAUCGCCACGCGCCACCCUCGGCAGACGCACAGCCCCAGCGCGACCUCUCGCCAAAGACGACAUCCCAGCAGCUCGGCCCCGCACCCGGCCUGCCCCUGCAUCCCACCUUCGCUCCAUCCUCCUCCUCUUCCACCCAACAGCCUCCUCAGUCCGCCGCGUCUCCAUCCGCAGUCUCGUCCGCAGCCGCUGCCAACCCGUCCACGCUCCAGCUCCUCACCAUCCUUCACAGCCUCCAGCAGCGUUCCUCCAAAUCGGCUCCAGAACCCGCACAGCAGGCUCAACUCGAAAACCUGCUCCAACAGGUCGCCCAGGUCUUUGGCACAGCCUCUCCCGCCUCCCCCUCCGAAGCCCCGCUCUCUUCGCCUGCACUCCGUCCUCUCGAACCCAUCCCCGUGCCCAACGCACGCUCGCCAGCGCCACACCCAGCCGAGGGCGCCUCCACCGCCACAGCACCAGCACCAGCUACCCUCCAGUCGGGCAAGGAGAAUCGCAGAGUCAGUCUACCGGCACAAGCAAUCACAAAGGACUCGCCUCAGCUCGGCUUUUCCGAGCACAUCUCGCGCCGCCCAUCCGCAUCCUCGCCGGCAUUGGACCACGACGACGCCGCUCCCAGCCCCUCGAUCCAGCGCAAGGAGCACGAGUCCGCCAAUCGCAUCUGCUACAACUGCGGCACCAACGUACCCACCACCUGGCGCAUCCUCAAGCUUCCCGCAGGCAGCAUCAUCAACAACCCCGCCGCAGAAAAGCCGGCAGCAACAACCAACGAUGCCAGCGCCGCCGACGACUCCGAGUCCGGCUGGAAGCCGCGCUACGAUGCCACACAGAGCCCCGUCCACGCCGACGGCGAAUCGCGCUGGUCCGCCUGCAACCCGUGCGGCCUCUACUAUCUCAAGUGGAACAACUCGCGUCCCGAGUACGUCUGGAGGAAGGAGCACGCCACCAAGGCCUACCGAGAGCGCAAGGCGCUCGCCGACGCCGCAAAGAGGCGACGCGACACCGUCGAGGCCGGCUCGAGCAAGCGCGCGCGCAUCGCCAACUCGGACGUGGAUGCCGCGUCUCCCUACAGCGCUGCUGCCACGCCCCAUGGCCACAACAAGCCCAAUGCAGACGCCGAGGCGCGCGACGAGUCCACCUCGCCCAACUACGACGCCUCGACGGCCGCGUCCAGCUCGGGUCGCAAGGCCAGCAUGCCGCGCACGCUCAGCGAGGCUUGCCAUCGCGACGCAGAGAAGCUCGAGUCGCAGCGCAGCACCAAGAAAAAGGAAAAGGAAAAGCCGCUCUGCAAGAAGCAGGCCGACCGCGAGUACGUCCUCGACCACAACACGGGCAAGUGGCGCAGCAGGAGGAGCAUGCGCGAAAACCCAGAGGGCAAGCGGCCCGGUCGACCCAAAGGCUCGGUCAAAGUGCCCCAGAAUGCCGCCAAGCCCGGCGCUGCCGACUCCUCGCCUCCCACCAGCACCAAGGACGACAGCCAGAUGCAGCCCGUGGGCGCAUCGGCCAAGCAAGCCGACGCCGGCAGCAGCAGCAGCAGCGAUGCGAGCGGAUCCAAGCCGAGCGGGUCGGCCAACAAGGCACAGUCGAGUCUGGCAGCAGGGCAGCGCGAGGGCGACUUUAGGCUGCCCGCACCGCCUCAGCCCAUGGCGCCGCAGCUGGCGCGCCAGGCGUCUGCGUCGCGCAUGGUCAACUUUGCGCAGUCGAGUCCCGUGCGUCCAUCGAUGAACGCGAGCCUGAUGCAGCCCGAGGCGGUGAAUGCGCUGCACCGGUUCGGCGCGCACAUGCUCGAGAGUCCGUCGCGCGACGUGCGCUUCCGCGUGCCGAGCUAUCUGAUGAACUCGAGCCCGGGCACCAUGCUCGACACGCUCAUGAGCGAGGCCGACUUUGACUUUGAAGAGCUCGGUCCGUUGGGGCCGCUGCAGACGCCGGGGACGCUGCUGGGCAACAUGCGCGAUGCCAACGGCACGCCGCUGCGCCUGCGCCGCAGCCCGCGCAAGAACCCGCACGGCACCAUCUCGGGGCAGAACCCCUAUGCGUCGCCGACCGCCAAGCGCGGCAGCCCGUCGUUUGGCAGGGAGCGCAGAGGGCAGGUGCCCGAAUCGCCGAGUCGCAGGUCGCUGGUGGCCUCGAGCAGUGCCAGUCCGGUGACGCGUAGUAGGACGCGUUCGGGACACGGCGUGCUGCAUCCGGCGCUGUACUCGAGCAGCGACGGUGCGGAGAACGCGCAUGCCAAGAGCAGCAGCAACGUCACCUCGCCCGCCUCGCCCUCGGAGGCCGCAGGCAAGGCCAAGGGCAAGGGCAAGGCGACGUCGUCGCUGCAGGCUACGGGCAAGACGCAGCUGGCGUCCAAGCAGGCGCAGGUCGAGGCAAGUGCGCGCGCAGCCUCGCGCCGCCGCCGUGCCGAUGCGGACGACCAAGACGACGACGCGCCCGAGACGCAAUUCGUCAAGGGCCCCUACCGCAGUGCGAGCCGCGAGGGCUCGGCCGGGCUGCCGUCGUGCCCUGCAUCGCCGAGCCUCGGACGGGCGAACCGCAAGCUGGGUCGACACUUGAGCAGCGUCAGUGCACACUCGCCGCAGUCCGGUGCGGCGACGCUGGCCAGGCUUGAUCUGCCGCCGAGCAGCCCAGCGUUCGAUCUGCCCACAGCGUGCAGUUCGGGCUCGAUCGAGGUGGAUGGUUGGGGUCGCACGCCGAGCAUGCGCGAGAUCUUUCCCACGCCGAGCGAUCUCGACUGGCCCAGUGACGCGUCGCCCGCCACGCAAGAUGCGCCGACCACAGCGCCGGCGGUGCAGCAAGCCGAGACGAGCGAGUCCAAGGAGCUGGUGGUCAAGCCUUGCACUGCUGUGGUUCGCCGCCGACCGCUGCCUGCGACGGUGGAGGAUGGGAGCUCGUCGGUUUCCGGCUCGUCGCCCGCGCAUUCGGACGACUCGCCCGAGGGCAGCACCAACAUGUUUGACCUGCUCGAGGAUCCGUAUGGCAUCCUGGCUGCUUCUGGUUUUGGCAUUGACGCCGACGGGGCACUGACGAGCCUCGAGAUGCCCGUGCCUGCACAGCAGCAGAUGACGCCGACGUCGUCGGCUGCGGCGAGUGCAAGCGCACCUUCGAUUUCCGCCGACAAGUUUAACGACGUCUCGCUGCAUCCGGCGCAGGAGUUUGGCACGCAUCUCAGCGAGUUCAACUCGAGCGGUGGCGUGGGUGUGGCGGCGCAUGUGGCGGGCACGGGUACGGCUGCAGCCGUGCAGAUCGCCAACGCCUCGGAUGCCAAUGCCAACCCGCUCGCUGGGGUGGAUGCUGGAUUCUUGGCCACGCUACCGCGCGAGUUGAGCGCCAUCCUCACCUCGCCCAAGAAGAACAUCCCGCCCAAAAUCAUCGAGCUCCUCGCGAGUCCGUCCAAGGCCAAGCCUUUUGCCGAUCCGCCCUCGCCCGGCCUGGAGCGCGUGCAAGGCGAGACGCACGACUUUUCCGCCCUCUUUGCCAAUCCGGACAUCCAAGCUCUACUUGCCGAGUUCGAGUCCAUGCCCUAA